AUGACAGUUAAAACUUUUGAGUUGAAGGUUCCUGCUUCCUCAGCAAAUAUUGGUCCUGGAUUUGAUGUUUUAGGUAUCGGUUUGAAUUUAUACUUGACCAUUAAAGUCACAGUCGAUUCUUCAAAGGAUACUUCUUCAGACCCAUAUAAUUGUAAAAUUACCUAUGAAGGUGAUGGUGCUGAUAAGGUUCCUUUAAGUUCCGAUAGUAACUUGAUAACACAAACUGCAUUGUAUGUUUUAAGAUGUAAUGAUAUUCAUUCGUUCCCACAAGGUACUCAUAUCCAUGUUAAUAAUCCAAUUCCAUUAGGUAGAGGGUUGGGCUCCUCAGGUUCUGCUCUUGUUGGAGGUAUAAUGUUGGGAAAUGAAUUAGGAGAGUUAAAGUUGUCGAAAUUGAGAAUGUUAGAUUACUGUUUGUUGAUUGAAAGGCAUCCAGAUAACAUAGCUGCUUCUAUGUUAGGUGGAUUUGUUGGCUCUUACAUGAAUGAGUUAUCACCGGAGGAAUCCGAAGCCAAGAACGUUCCAUUAGAAUUUAUUUUGCCGAAACCUGGUAAAACUCCAAGAGAAAAGUAUAUUACAGAGGAACCACCUAAAAAUAUUGGGGAAUAUUUGCAAUAUAACUGGAGCAAAAAAAUUAGAUGCGUGGCCAUAAUACCAGAUUUUGAAGUACCAACAGACGAAUCGAGAGCUGUAUUACCUGAAUUAUAUAACAAACAGGAUAUAGUGUUUAACUUGCAAAGAUUAGCGGUAUUGACCACAGUAUUGACUCACGAGAACCCAGACCAUAAGCUUAUCUACAAAGCGAUGAAAGACAAAAUCCAUCAGCCAUACAGAUAUAAAUUAAUCCCUGGACUAGGCGAAGUUUUAAAAAGCGUUACACCAGACACCGAUAAAGGAUUAUGUGGUAUUUGCUUAUCAGGCGCUGGUCCUACCAUUUUAUGUUUGGCUACGGAAGGCUUUGACGAAAUAGCUAAUAAGGUUAUUUCUAUAUUCAAGAAAGAAGGUGUUGAAUGUGAUUGGAAACUAUUAGAUUUAGCUUACGAUGGGGCAACUGUCGAGUAUUAG